GGAAGAGGGAAGCAGAGAGAGAGUUCUCAGUACUUUCAACAGCAGCUACAACACAUAUCUACACAGCUAGACAGGAAGCCCAGCAGAGGAGAAUGAGUGCAGAUGGAAAAGACCCGCCCCCCUACAUCAUACCAGUUGAAGGGCAAGGUGAGGAUGGGGUGAAGGUGUAUCAUGUCCAUACCCCGUUCAACCCUCCUUCCUCCACCAUCCCCUCCAAUAGCUUCUCUAUGUCUCAGUCUCAGGCCAAGACAGUGUACACCAGUGGAGGUGGUGGUAUUGGAGGAGGUGGUGGAGCUCCUACUCAGAAGUUUGUGAGUUAUGAGACAGAACUGGGCCGUUCAGCGGGUAUGACCACCUGUACUUCCUGUCAACAACAGGUGAUGACUAACGUCACCUAUAAAGUCGGGGCCUUCGCCUGGCUCAUGUGCAUCCUCUUCAUCCUCUGUGGGUUGGUAGUGGGCUGCUGUCUGAUCCCGUUCUUCGUGAAACACUUUAAGGAUGCAUACCACUCCUGUCCUCGCUGUAACCGCAUUCUCCACGUGGACAAGAAACGCUGCUGCUGACCGCCUUAACCCCACCCACCACUAGGGGAGCUGCUGCUGACUGCCAUACUACCAGCAGGAGUGCUGUGGCUCUGACCUGUCUGACCUGUCUGACCUGUCUGGCCACACUCUCAGUCUGGGCUGGAUUCCAUUAGACGUUUCAAGUUUUAAUGUCACGUGCACUAGUACAGUGAAAUGCCUUUCUCACAGAAAACAUGCUCCUUUUCCUUCUUGCACCCACAGCUCUGUAUAUGAAUUUGAGAGUGGUUAUAUUUAUCCAGCCACGUACCAAUGCAGUGGCGGAGUCAGGGUGACCGUUUCGUUGUUCUUUGAAUUGCAGAUUGCCCUUUUAAAUUUCUGUCUCAGAAAGAGUUUCAAUACUGCUCUUAUCCACACUCUAUCAGAACAGCGAAGGAGAGGAAAGGGGGAAUGUUUUCAGAAUGGAAUCCAGCCGAAAGGAAAGAACAGAGCAGCAGCCCCACAGAAACCUACAGGAUUACACAGUCAUAGUAUGAAUCCCAAAUGGCACCCUAUUCCCUAUAUAGUGCACUACUUUUAACCAGGGAUAUAGUACAAAAGUAGCGCACUAUAUAGGGAAUAGGGAACCAUUUGGGACGUGACCUUAGUUUAAAUGCAGAUCUAACUUACUGUACCAGAGGGUUGUAAAUAGUAUGAAUCUGAGAACUAUUUUUAUAAAAAUUCACAAAGUUACAAAUGCCGACAAGCGAGCAGAUGAAGACGUGGUAGAGCUGAUCCUGGGAGCAGGUUUGCACAAUUCUAGUAACUUUCCCAGGUUUUCCACAAACCCAGGUCGGAAUAUUGGAAUCAGGAGGGAAGAGGCUAGCCUGGGUACCAGUCUGUUUAGAUAUCGUUCCACUCUUUGUUAUGCCAAACAUGACUGGAUUUCUCCAGGCUAGGAAGAGGCAGAAAAUCUGGGAAUCCGCCAACCGGGCAUUCUGGUUGGUUACCGGACUAUUGCAACCUGUUGAGCAACCUCAUACAGAACAUUCAGAUAGAAAUGUCUUGUGUAGCACAGACAUGUAUACAUUACAAUCUAUAUGUUUUACAAUCUAUAUAAAUUACAAUCUACAGUCUCUUGAAUAAGGCCCUGGGUUGACCAACUGGCAGACAAUGAACCCAAUAUUCAGAUCAUUAUAACUACGAUUCCUACACCCACUGGAAUGACUGUUGUUUUGAAAACAAACUAGCACUGCUGAAGUUCACCCCUGACCUCUAGUUUAUAUAUAUAUAUAUAUAUAUAUAUAAAAUUCUAUAAGUCAGUCAGAACCUAGGCUUGACUGUGGGUUUUGAGUUCCAAAUAGCACCCUAUUUCCUAUAUAGUACACUAGUCUUGACCAGGGCCAACAGUCCUGGUAUAAAAUAGACGUGCAGGGGACCAUUGGGCUCUGGUCAAAAGUAGUGUACUAUAUAGGAACUAGGGUGUCAUUUGGGACUCACUCCCACGUCUUCCCCCUUUUCAGAAAGCUGUAAUGGACACAAAGGACUGAACUGGGGGUGUUUUUACGUUAUUUUCGAGUAAACCGAAGAUGAUUUUAUUGACAACACUAAUCUGUCUUAACUCUCAACUACAAUGAUGUGUAAUACCUUACAGCUGACUAGACAUGAUGGAGUUCUGAUAUAUUGCUUAUAUAGAUUAUUAUAUGCCUCUAAUAAAAUGAUAUAUAUUA